AUGCCAUCACGAUCGCCUUCGCCGUCUCGCGGGCGGUCUCCCUCUCCCGCUCACUCUCGGGGCCGUCGCAGGUCGCAUUCCCCUGUGGCUUCACGUUCGUCACGUCGAUCGCACUCCCGCCGCUCACAUGUUUCACUCUCCCGCUCCCGCUCCCGCUCGCGGUCGAGAACCCCUGGCCCGGGUUUGUCGCCAAGACGUAACGGACAUCGGGAUGCAAGCAGAUCCCCCUCACGAAGUAGAAGUCCCACUCGAAGCUUAAGCAGAGGCCGCAGCGACCGCAGAUAUCGAGAUAGAAGCUACACGCGCAGUCCGAGCCGGGGUACUCCUCCCCGAACAAGUUCGAAGAUCGUUGUUGAGAAGUUAACCAAGAAUGUGAAUGAAAACCAUUUGCGCGAAAUCUUCGGGGUAUACGGAGAAAUACAGAACCUGGAACUGCCAAUGAACCCACAGUUUAUGACAAACCGAGGAACGGCGUAUAUCUUGUACUACGAAGCAGCAGAUGCGGAGGCUGCGAUCUCGCACAUGCACGAAGCGCAACUUGAUGGUGCUGUCCUCAACGUUUCUAUCGUACUUCCGCGUCGCACGUUUUCCCGCUCUCCUCCCCCUGCCCGGAACAGGGCUGAUUUUGGACGAUUUGAUCGACCUGCAUACGGAGGUAGGGGAUACAAUCGAACGUCAGGUCUGGAUACUGGGAGAGCACCGCCACCCGGUCGAUAUCGGUCUCCUCCGCCGCGUCGUGGUUCCCCACGGCGCUUUCAAGGUCCUCGUGGCAUGGAAAGACACGAUCUCUAUCGCCCGCGCUCAGCAUCAAGAUCCCGUUCCCCACACGGCCGGUCGCCUUCUUAUUCGUCACGCUCACGUUCCAGAUCGCCUCUGCCACGGAGAAGGCCAUAUCCCAGGGACAGCCCCCCUCGUCGUAGGAGACGGGACUCUAGUUAUAGUAGCUAUAGUGACCGGAAUAGAAGUCGAAGUCGAAGCAGAAGCUUGAGUAGAAGCAGAAGUCCCAGUCGAACUCGUUACGGUGGAGGCAGGAGGUAG